AUGUCCCAGGUAGGAGGGCCCAGCACAGGCCGUGUUGGCUCUGGACUCUCCAAGGCUGGCGCUCAGGAAGCCCCCAUCAAGAAGAAGCGCCCCCCUGUGAAGGAGGAGGACCUGAAGGGGGCCCGAGGGAACCUGGCCAAGAACCAGGAGAUCAAGUCCAAGACUUACCAGGUUAUGCGGGAGUGUGAGCAAGCAGGCUCGGCCGCCCCGUCGGUGUUCAGCCGCGCCCGGACUGGCACUGAGACCGUCUUUGAGAAGCCCAAAGCCGGGCCCGCCAAGAGUGUCUUUGGCUGAGAAGCGCACGCCACUCCCCUCGCCACCGCCAACACCUAGACGCAGGAGCCUUUCUCAAGAACU